AUGGCUCUCGCAUAUUGUUGGGGAUUAAUUCUCGCCAUCUAUCUCAUGGGCCACGGCUUGGUGUCGAUACCUAGACGACUCAUGCGCGGCGCAAGCAUCAGCGGACGACUACGACGACUCCAGAGCAAGGCGCCCAAGGUUUACGAAGAAAUGGAGGACUCGAUUACCAAACUUGAGGACAUUGAGGUUCAGGUUGCCGAGCUUGGGCGACGCAAGACAGGAAGCGCAAACACAUACCGAGACUGGAUAGAAGAACUGCAAGAGAUGGCCAAUCUUCCCGAGUCGCAACCCCGAGGCACCCGGUUUGGUUCCAGCACCGAUAACAAUAUUAUUCCACAUGUCAUCACCGAAAAGUAUCUCGCCGAUCUCACUAGGAAGUAUGUGCGCGCCAGACACGCUCGAUCUCGAUAUGUCAAUGCUUGGAGUGACCUCGUUCAAGAAGCUGCUGAAACGCAAGCGAUCCUGGACUCGGCAGCAUCGAAAAAGCUCGAGUUUGGUGAGGUGUCACCUCAUGCAACCUUUUGGGAAAAGACCGCCAUCCUGACGCCAUAUACUCGAUAUCUCUACUAUUACCAAAUCUUGCCUUAUGCUCAAGUCCUUCUCGGUUUAUUCUUGGCAGCAGCGUCGGCUUGUAUUGUCUGGUCCGAGGUCGUCAAGUUUGCAUUCCCCAAGCUUUCUAUCAUCAGGCUAACUGUGGUUCAUCAUUGGGUUGGCGAUAAGCCUGAAGUCGGCUUCGCUGGACAGGCCAUCUCGUCAUUCUGGAUCUGCUACAUGUGUGCAGCGGCGCUCAUUUCGAUGACCGAGGUCAAAGUCUGGCGAGGUCGAGCCCUCGUUCGACGAAACACCGCUCAUGAGUCCGCUUUUUGGUAUGCAAUGCAGGUGGCCAAACUGACUAUUCCUAUCUCUUACAACUUCAUCACCUUCCUUUCGAGCCAGGUCUAUAACAAGACUGUAUUUUAUCACUUUCUCGGACAACUCAUCGACUUUACACCAUUGGGUCGUUAUUUUGACGACCUAUUCCCCGUAGUCGUACUAUUCCCUGUCUUUGCUACUCUUUUUGGCAUUUACGGUCGGGUCAAACGAAUAUUUGUAGGUAUGGAUGUGAUGGACGACGAAGAGGAGAAUGGCACCACUUAUGGUACUGGCUCCUGGCGGGAAGGCCGAGAUCUCAUCUCUCGUGAACUAGGUGGGAACACCCUCUUUCAUCGCAGAGAAGAUGCACUUGCUAGAAUAGGGGCUGCUGGAACACUUGGUGGCAGAUCUGCUCCAAUUUUGUCUAUACCAUCCGCCCAUGGCGCCGCUUCUUCACCAGCUCGGUCACCAGCUCGAGCUCCAGCUGCGAAUGCCCGCCGUGGCCCAGAGCAUCGCUAUGGUGCAAAUUGGAACGACGAGCCGCCCGAAGACGAUAACCUCUUUACCAUCAUCGGUCACCGUAUGAAAAACACCAUGGAUGGUAUCGAAGCCCCUAAAUGGUUUAACGAUAUCAAGAAACCAAAGUGGAUGGGUGGCGGCGAUGAUACUGCAGGUGCUGGAUCAUCGAACUCGGCACCUGAUUUCCGUAGAUGGUUUGGUGGUUCUAGCGAAGGCCAGAUUCGUAUCUAG